CACGCGAUUAACCGGUGGGAUCAUUUAAAAAGGCUGUCGGCCCAAUUUUUAUCUGAUUAGCAUCAUCAUCAUCAUCGUUGAGGUUGUGGCUGCCUUGGUCUUGUGGCAUGUAUCCGACUAUGGACAUGGAGGCCAUGCUAGUCGGACGCAUGAGUGUGCUGCUUGUCAGACAAGAGACCUCCUCCUCCUAUCUCUCCCAUACCCAAGUGCGAGUCCUUUGAUCCUCAUCCUCCUUUGAGCAGCUCCAGUUCCGGUUUGCUUUUAUAAUCCGUUUGAACAUUCCAGUGUGCUCCUUAUCCCCCCUCUCACUGACCAACCACAGCAUUGAACUCCCUCCGGUGUCCCCAGCAACGUCUCGAACCAUCUCUCGAAUUCCUCAUUCAGUCACGCGCAAUGUCACGCCAUUCAGAGCCCGCACUGCCAGCUUACAAGCAGAAUGAAGUCCAUUCUUUGAAUGCAUGGAACCCUUCCGUCAAACCACCUCCUUACGCUGUGACCCUGUCUCACCCAUCAGCCACGCCUUGCACACUCAUGCGGGACCCUUUACUCAUCGCAGCCAUACGAGAAUAUGAUGCCUCUCGAGACCCACACCAAUGGGGAACCCGAGACUCGAGGGUUGAAGCUCAUCGAGUCGAGGCACUCCGACAAGAUCGCAACCUAUACGUACCGGAUCAGCAUUCAAAGCGUACUACCCUUGGAGCUUGGUUCAUCUGGCUAGUAGAGCUAAUGGCGAUGCCCGCAGACCCUCAUGGAAUGCCAGUUUUGAGCUCCGUGGGUAGGCCUGCUUGGGGUCUGCCGUAUGACUUGGAGUAGGGUCUAUAAAUGAAAUGCAAGUGUCGAGGGUGUUUGAAGCAGGGUUCCAGUUCGGC